CUCUCGCUUUCGCUUACCAUUGGUAAAGCCAUGGCCACUGAUGACAGUCAAGGCGCAGGAUGCUCUGCAAAUGCUGAAAUCACAGAGAAAGAUGAACAGACGAUGCGGAAAGCAGAACUGGAGGAAGAGGCGAAGUUCAAGUCCAAGUACCCGGCGAACACGAGGCCCGGAGGAUCUCUAUUCCUCCAGAAACGACUGAACAAAGGGCAAAAGUAUUUCGACUCCGGAGACUACAACAUGGCUAAGGCAAAGGGCCAGAAAGUGGUUCCACGGGUGCCCCCUGCCGUCCCCCAGAACCCCACGGGGGAGACCAUCCCCACAGUGGAGUCGCUGCCACCACGCAAGACCUCGCUGGUACAGAGCAAGCUGGCCACGGGGCUUUCUUCCUAGAAGGUGCAAAGUGGGGCUGCCCGCCCUACGGGGCUCUGGGUGACAUGAAACUCCUUUGCUGUUGUUGCCCCCUGAGCACAACACACAGGGGCACUCAGGCGGCUUGCUGUUGCUCAUAGCUGGAAGCACAGUGGCCAUUGGAUCUGAACUGGUCAGGUGCUUAUGAGAUCAACCAGUCUACUUUGUGCGAUUUGGCGAGACUGGUCCACCUGCAAGAGCAUCUGGUGUUUUGUGUUCUGUUACAAGUUCAAAGAUGAAUUUACCGGUGCCCCUUUUGUUGUUCAUUUCAGCCGUCAAAUUACGACGGUAUCUUAUGCUUGGGCUUAAUUUACCAACAAUGCAGGUAUCAUCCUGGAUUGAUUUGCCCCCUGUAGUAUUGUCUGUAAAAAUGGUAGUGCGAAAGGCUUGCCUCAUUCAACAGUUGGAGUGGUGCAGCUAAUCUGCUGAGAAUAUGCGCUUUUAAUGCUUUUACAGCUCUUUUUAAAUAAAACAAUUUUAUGCAAUGACUGGCCUCCAAACAACGUUGGGUGAGAACUACAAAAGACCUGUAAAUAUGCUAGUGCUUGGAGUACGUGUCUAUAUUGUAAAUUUUUUCCCUGUAAUUUCAGUAUAAGUUAUAUUGCAGCCUGUUGUGCCAUUAACUGCACUAAAACGGUUCAGAAAAUAUUUCAUACGCUACAAAAACUUAAGGUUUGUGCUGCCAAUUGUUCAGUUUUCAUGUACAAGCACAUUGUAAAGCCAUUUGUCAGGACAGUAGCUGAGCAGAAUUUGGCAACUUUCAUAGCCUUGAUUGGUCAUACCUUGUGAACACCGCUUCCUGUGCAUUUCUUAAGCAUGCAGCUUGCUGCUUCAACUGUUAGAGCCAAACACAUGUAAAUAAAAGUCUGUACAAACCUUCGCAUGCUAUUUCAGACUGCUAUUUCAGUGCUCACCAAGAACUUCACAAGAGACUGAAAUGCGGUGCAGUGCACUUAUGAUACGAGAGUUUUAUGAAAAGGAAUACACGAGUGCUUGGUAGAUAGCCCUGAAAGCAGUCUGGUUGAAAUUAACAGUAAUUGAAUAAAGUGGUGGCACUUUUUCACAUCGACUGGCACCUCAUUUGUGCAAAUAAUUUGAUUGGCUUCUUUUGCAAAACUUCCUCUAAAUGGAGUCUGCGCUGAUGUCUAUCUGUGCACUACACCAGGCAUGCCUCCGUUAGACAAUUAAUGCUACUUUUUGCUCACAUCGUGCCUUAAUCGUCGGUAUGUCAAGAUAUCAAGGUGAAGAGCUGGCUUAGUUCUAAGCUGCAACACAGUGUUCGCUGGUACUCGUGUGGCAGCAUGGCAUAGUGUGCAGCAUUUUUUAUUCUUGAUAGCCACCUAGGAAGGUUAGCCUGCUGUGCGUGACUGCAGCUGGCAGAAUAAGGGUGCUUUCAACUUUGGCCACAGUGCACCAUCAGACAAAUAUUAUCUGCUUUGCACUCAUGUGUUCCUUUUCAUAGUCUCAUGAUAGUUCACCGUGCACACGACGAUAAGUGGUUAUAACGAUCAGCUCUGUAUACUGCACUGCCUAUUGAAAUUGUGUAUGACAAUGUUAUAAUAGUUGAAGUUUCCAACUGCCCUGCACUGUUACAUGUAGACUGCACUAUAGCUUGUGUCCAGCAUUCAACACGCUUUUCACAUGUGCUACAGGCCGGUUGAAAUCGCUUGAGAAAGCAACAAAUUAGAGCCGACUGGAUUGUGAACAUAGUCAGUGUUACUAAUGAAAAGAGUAAAACUGCAUCAAUGUAGGGUCAAGUCCUAUCAAUCCAGGACAGCUCUUGACAUGUUUGCCUGUACUUGGAGGCUGGAGUGAGCCAACCUUCUAAAUGUGGUUGGUGUGUGUGGCAGUUAGUGAAUGUGACUUCUGGGGUAGAAAUAAAUCUUGUACUUGCUGAA